UGCACACGAUGCCGUCACCGCGCCGUCGCCACGCCGACGCCGCGCAAUUACUCUGUAGAUACGAGUCGCGCGAAGCCCGCCACCGCGCCGCUCCCGCGCCGCCACCGCGCGCGUUCGCCUCCUUCCCUGCUGUUUGAUUCAUUCCAUUACCGGCCGCGUACGAACGUGCACGCCGCGAGAUCGCACGUGACGCAAACAUGUCUUAUAUAAUGAAAAAAAAGAAAUUUGUGCUUGCCUACUAUAUGUAUAGAAAAUGGCAAAAAGAACGUCGAGUUAGAAAGUUGUGGGUUCAUCCUAUGCUGUCGGCACGGGAUUUGGUGAAUUUCAUACACUUUACGAAGAUCUCCGAAAAGACGAGGCCAAGUUUUGUGAUUAUUUUCGAAUGAAUUACAAGACAUUUGAUAAAUUAUUAGAUUUAUUAAAGAAUAAGCUGCAACACACAAAUACAAAUAUGCGAGCAAGUAUAUCUGCUAAGGAGAGAUUGGUUGUUACAUUGAGGUAUUUAGCAACCGGAACUUCAUUAGCCGAUCUUGAAUAUCGUUUUAGAAUGGGAAAAUCAACUUUAAGCGUAAUCAUACGAGAAGUGUGUUCUCUAAUAUGGUCUGAACUUUACCCAAAAUAUAUGAAAAUGCCAUGUAUAAACGAUUGGCUAGAAAUAGCAAAUAAAUUUGAAGUGUCUGCUAAUUUCCCUCAUUGUGUCGGUGCUGUAGAUGGAAAGCACAUCAGAGUAAUAAAACCAAAUAAAAGUGGAUCGAUGUUUUUGAACUACAAACAUUACUUCUCGAUUGUAUUAAUGGCAGUCGCCGAUAGUGACUACAACUUUAUUUAUAUCAGUGUCGGUGCUUAUGGAAAGGAUUGUGAUUCAGGUGUUUUUAAAGACACAGCUUUCUGGCACAACAUGAUUAACAAUACUUUGAACUUGCCAGGACCUACUUCCUUACCUAAUACCAACAUUGCCUUGCCAUAUGUAUUCGUAGGUGAUGAAGCAUUUGCAUUACAUCAGAAUUUACUGCGCCCAUAUAAUAGUCAAAUGCUUGAUGCAGAAAAAACCGUUUUUAAUUAUCGGUUAACAAGAGCGAGACGAUAUGUAGAAUGCACCUUUGGGAUACUGGCCAAUAAGUGGCGAAUUUUUCAUCGACCUUUAAAUGUGUCAUUGGAUUUGGCUGUUGAUGUUGUGAAAGCUUGUUGUUUACUGCAAAAUUUUAUACACAAAGAGGAGGGCGUAAAAGGGGUCCAAGAAUCUCUAAGCGGGUGUGAAUUAGAGGAGUUUUUGCCAUUUGAUUCAACAGAAAUGGUUCCUACAACAGCUAAUGAAAUACGUGACAAAUAUAAGGAGUAUUUUAAUUCUGAAUAUGGCAGUGUACCAUGGCAAAAUAAUUAUUGUUAAUAUGUAUGCGAAACGUGUUUCUAUCUAGCGGGAAUACUCAAGCUACUACUAGUAGUGAUGGGACUCGAGUGACUUUUUUUCACUCGAGUCACUCGCCAGUGAAAACCGAUUUACUCGAGUGUCACUCGAGUAAAGAUGAGACUCGAGUGUUUUUUUUUCGAGUGAAUCAUUCGAGUCACUCGUAAUCCGAGUCAUCAAAAAUAUGACUCGAGUGGGAGUAAAAACAAAACUACUCGAGUAACUCGAGUGAAACACGGCUCGAGUCCCAUCACUAACUACUAGUAGCAAGUGAUUGCUUGUUUAAUGUAGGUACCUACCACACGAAAUUGCUUACGAGAUAUACUAUCCACACACUAUAUAAUACACUGUUGCAUUACGAUUUAAAUAAAAAACAUACUGAUCGUGUCUUGCCCCAAACUUCCUUUAAGUCAGCUACUUAUAUAUUUUUUCGUUUAGCCCCACUAGAUAGAAAUACAUUAACAAGAAUAAAUAAAAUUUUGUAAAAAGAUACUUACCGUAUUUAUUUUUCUCCGUAUCGGGUAGGUCUGCAAAGUUCUCAUUCAUUAUAUGGCAGAUCUCAAACCAAGCUUUUAAACUUUUACGCUUGUCUUUAUAUAUUUCCAAAGUUUUGUCCCAUAACACUUCUCUGUCCUCCACUAAACUUAUAAACGUUUCGUAAUCAAAACUAUCCAUGGUAAUUAAUUAACAAGUUCACGCACGUGCACGUUCGUACGCGGCCGGUAAUGGAAUGAAUCAAACAAACAAGGAGGGAGGGGAACGCGCGCGGUGGCGGCGCGGCGGCGACGCGGUGGCGGGCUUCGCGCGACUCGUAUCUACAGUGUAAUUGCGCGGCGUCGGCGCGGCGACGGCGCGGUGACGGCAUCGUGUGCAGGAA